UUUUCUUUGGCAAGGUUUUGGAGUGUUGCUGUAUGCAGAGUGGGGCUUGAUUGUGUUUAAGUCUCCAGAUGGCCUGAGGCGCCCCUGGAGUCCAGUGUGUCAGCUGCACUGACUGCAAUCCCAAGCUUCCGGUGAUCGAGUUAACUGCAGGAAUAUUUCCGACUUCUUCCCUCCCUGCUUCUGCUAUCUGCAGAUUUAACAUUCCCAGCUGGCAAAGAAUAGAUCUGUCCAACAGCUGUUCAAGCAGUGGUAGAAACUGACCAUUUGGCCAGUCACGGCUGUUGGAAUUUUGGUCUGUUAGGGAGAGUGUAGAGGGAGCUUUAUUCUGCAUCUGACCUUUGUUUUGGGGUUUUCUUUGCCCUUUAUCUCCAAGCCCCCAUUCUUUUUCCUGUUUUGUUUUAAAAUUUAUUUACAGUUAAAAUGUGAUACUUACUGUCUGGGAUGCAGAGUUAAGCUCCCUCUACACUGUCCUAUCCAGCCCCUGCAGUUCCCACUAGUCCCAGAGAGCCUCCAGUGAGUCAGGGGACACCAUGUGCUCCCUCUCCAGAGACACCCAAGUAUGAACAUGACCCCAGAGGAGAGGUGGGCAGUCAAUUUGGACAGUUCCCCUGAUCAGCCUGCCACCUGGACCUGUGAGUGGUUACUUGGCCCAGCCCAGGAGCAGAUCAACAAGGAAGUCCCCUGACUAGCACCACCACCCCUUUCUCCACACGUGCCAUCUCUUCCCUUGUGUAUGUAAUGUGACAGUGCAGACAGAGCUUCAAACUUUAAUGAUUGAUGAAGUUGUGACAGUGGAUGUUGUAUACAUGGACUUGACAAGGUCCCUCAUAGUAGGCUGAUCCAGAAGACAUGGUAGAUUGCAUUCAAAGACACAAGAAAUUCUGCAGAUGCUGGAAUCUGCAGCAAUACACAAGAAGUGCUGGAGGAACUCAGCAGGUCAGGCAGCAUCUAUGGAGCUUUCUGCUGGGACCUCUGUGAUGCAUAAAUGAUUUGGGCUGAUUAAUAAGCUGGCAGGUGACACAAAAAUUGGCGAAGCUGUGGAUAGUGAGGUAGAUUGUCAAAGGAUUCAGUGGGAUCUAGACCAGUUGGAAUUAUAAGCAGAGAAAUGGCAGAUGAGUUUAAUCUGGACAAGUGUGAGGUGUUACACUUUGGUAGGUCAAAUGUAUGCAAUAAAUGGCAGGACCCAUAGGAGCAUUGAUGUACCAAGGAAUCUUAGAGUGCAAGUCCAUAGCUCCCUAAAAGUGGCAACGCAAGUAGAUAGGAUGGUAAAGAAGGCAUACUUGCCAAGGCAUUGAGUAAAAAAGUUGGCAAGUCAUGUUGCAGCUGUGUUAGACUUUGGUUUGGCCACAUUUGGAGUAUGGUGUGGAGUUCUGGUUGCUGCAUUACAGAAAGGAUGUGGAGGCUUUGGAGAAGGUGCAUAAGAGGCUUACCAGAAUAUUGGCUGGAUUGGAGAGUAUUAGCUAUAAGUAGAGGUUGGGCAAACUUGGAUUGUUUUCUCUGGGGCAUCGGAGGCUGAGGGGAGACCUGAUAGAAAUGUAUACAAUUAUGAGAGGCACAGAAAGGGUCGACAGAAUCUUUUAUUCAGAGUGGAAAUGUUGAAUAUUAGAGGGCAUUGCUUUACAAAGAGAGGGGGAAAGUUUAAAGGAGAUUUAUGAGGCCAGUUUUUUUUUACACUGAAGGGAUUUUUUUAGCAGAAGGGAUUGUUCCUGUGUUGUGCUGUUCUAUGUUCAAUGUAUAAUCCUGUGUAUUCCUUGCCCUGUUUUUAGAAUAAUGAAGAGGGAGCUGGACUGUACACCUGACCUAUUCUGUCGCUCCUGAUAGUGUAGAGGGAGCUUUACCCUGAAUCUAACCCAUUUUUUAUUUGCUAAGUUGGAGCUUUACUAUAAAUUUGCUUCUCCCACAUUAUCACAGCUGAAUAUUAUUCAAUGUGCCAUGGAGUUCCUUUCCACACUGCACGAGCUUUCAGUCCUGCCCCAUUCAAAACUCAGUUCAACUUGAUGAAGCCAAUAUCAUUGACAAACAGUCUGAGGUACUUGUUUGGACCAUGAUGAUCUGCCCACACUUGUGAUGAAUGAGACCAAUUCUGUUGCAGGUGAGACCAGUUCUGUUGCUGGUGACCACCUCUGGGAGCAACAGAAGAUCACCUGUUUUUAUUAAAACUUUGACAAAAGUGAAAAUGCUAUAACGUUAAUAAAUACGAGGUUAUGUGCUUUGGUAGCAGAAACAGGAAAGCAGAUUUUUAUCUGAAUGAUCAGAAUAGGAAGGAGGGAGGUGCAGCGAGACCUGGGGGUCCUUUGUGCACCAGUUGAUGAAAACAUGCAGAUGCGAUAAGCAGUUAAAAAGGCAAUUGGUAUGUUGUCCUUCAUAGCAAAAGAAAUGGCGUGACACCAUGAGUACUAUCUGCUGUUUUGGUCACUUUAUCCGAGGAUGUUCUUGCUCCAGAGAGAGUGCAGUGAAGGUUCCUGAGAUGGCCGGACUGAUGUAUGAAGAGAGAUUGGAAAGAAGGGGCUUAUAUGUGUUGGUGUUUAGCAGAGUGAGAGGGGACUGGACAGACAAGGUGCAGGAAGAUGGUGGGGAUGCCCAGAAGCAGGGCUCAGAGUCUAAGGAUGCAGGAAAGGCCAUUUGGACAGAGAUUAAGAGAUUUUUUCACCCAGAGUGGUGAAUCUGUGGAAUUCUCUCCCACAGAAGGCAGAUGAGGCCAAACCAUUAAAUAUGUUCAAGAAAGGGUGAGAUCAAGAGAUCAAGGGGCAGGUGGAGAAAGCAGGGACCGGGGACUGAACUUGGAUGAUCAGCCAUGAUCUUAAUCGAAGGGCUGAAUGGUCUCUUGUUUCCAUGCUGUCCUAGUUCUCCAGAAUGCCUCUGCCUUGCCCACCAAUCCUGCAGGAUCUCCAGUGAGCUAAUGAACACCUGGACAUAAACGUAACCUCAGAAGAGGGGCAGACAGGCAGGUUCGAUGAGCCACCCAUCGUCUCGACCUGAAUGGCCAGCCCAGACCCUGAAGCAGGUUGCCCGACUGACCCAUGUCCCCCUCCCUCCACCCCUUGCGUGUGCUGUCCCUGCCUGGGGGUGUUUAACAGGACGGAGUACGUGAACUCCCUCCUACCUCUGCAAUCACUUAAUGCACCAUUUCUUGUCUCGUUAAGUGCAAGGGACGAUGAUCUGUUCAAAGGAUAUUAUCAGUCUGGUUCUUUCUAAUGCAUCUUGCAUGGGUGAAAUAUUUUAAAAACAAGCCACUCAAGAAUAUUCCAAAGCAAAGCACUUCACUCUUUCAAUCCAACUCAAACAGCCGAUUUUGAAAAAAUAUUUUUAAUUCAGUGUCGCAGCAAGUGUAAACAUUUCUAACUAUUGCUUAAGAGUUUAUAAGAAGGGAAUUAUUCUUCAGACUUUUGCCUUGAGCCAGCUCCUGCUGGGAAUGACAUUCCACACGGUUUUUCGUUUGCUAAACCAAUCCUUUUAAGCUCAGCAAACAUUGGCCUGGCCUCCUGGGAGGCCACAGGUUCGGUAUUUUACCCAUAGCUGCCUUGACUCUUCCAGAGCACCAAGGGUUCAGGAUGUUUCCUGCAAGGAAUAAAACGCAGUCUGGGACAUCCCUGACAGUACUCCUCCUUUGUGUGAUUGUUUUUUGCACCACUGAUGUCCUGUCCAGGAGGGGGGAAGCGGUGCAUAAACUGGCGGACAGGAAGCUGUGCGCUGAUGAAGAAUGCAGCCAUCCAAUUUCAAUGGCUCAAGCACUGGCUGAUUACACCGGUCCGGACUGCAGAUUCAUCAACAUCCAUCAAGGGCAGAUUGUUUAUGUGUAUGGAAAACUCAAAGGCAGAGGACGCGAGUUCUGGCAAGGCAUUGCCCAAGGUGAUUAUUUUGGGGAGCAGUCAACUGUUCUUGGACUUUUCCCAAAGUCAGUGGUGAGGGAGAUCCAACAACUGGUGACGGAUGUGAUGGAGCUGCCAACAGUGGAUUGGGAUUUCCAUUGUUAAGAGGGGAGGAGCGAGAGAGAGAGAGAGACCAUCCUUCCUACAACAUAAGACCAAACAAUCCUGUAUUGAGUCAUUAUGUAGAAUUAGAAGAUCUGAAUACUGUGUAAACUGUAGCAAUAAUGACAAAUAAACAGGAAUAUAGCUGC